GCCGCUCUGCCCUCGGUGGGGUCGCCGCCUGACUCCCUCUUCUCCCCGGGACACAUGCAGGCAGCUGGCGCGGUGAGAUGUGAAGAGGCUUGAAGUAUGGCAUGCAAACAUGGUGUCUGCCAAGAAGAAGGAGAUGUUGACAGCAGCGACGCGUCCCGCUUUUAUUCGGACCCUCUUCUACUUUUUCUGUUUGGCGACUUGUGUAAAGAAAGGCUCUGGUCAGACCAAGAAGGAUGAAAGGAUCUAUCCGGAGAAUUUUACGCGCAUUUUAGACCGACUUCUGGACGGAUACGACAACAGGCUUCGACCUGGGUUUGGAGGUCCUGUGACUGAAGUCAAGACAGAUAUUUAUGUGACAAGUUUUGGGCCUGUGUCAGAUGUUGAAAUGGAGUACACAAUGGACGUGUUCUUCCGUCAGACGUGGGUCGACCGGAGGUUGAGGUAUGAGGGCCCGAUUGAGAUUUUAAGGCUCAACAACCUGAUGGUGAACAAUGUGUGGACACCAGACACGUUCUUCAGGAACGGCAAGAGAUCAGUUGCUCACAACAUGACGGCUCCCAACAAGCUCUUCCGCAUCAUGAAGAAUGGCACCAUCCUCUACACCAUGAGGUUGACGAUCAAUGCCGAGUGUCCCAUGAAGCUCGUGGACUUCCCCAUGGAUGGACACGCAUGCCCGCUCAAGUUUGGAAGUUAUGCCUAUCCCAAAACGGAGAUGAUCUAUACUUGGACCAAAGGGCCUCAGCAUUCGGUGGAGGUCCCCCCCGAGUCCUCCAGCCUCGUUCAGUAUGAUCUCAUCGGACAGACGGUCUCCAGUGAAACCAUCAAAUCCAUCACUGGUGAAUACGUGGUGAUGACGGUGUACUUCCACUUGAAACGCAAAAUGGGCUACUUCAUGAUUCAGACGUAUAUCCCCUGCAUAAUGACAGUAAUCCUCUCCCAAGUGUCCUUCUGGAUAAAUAAAGAAUCAGUCCCGGCACGCACAGUCUUCGGCAUCACCACUGUCCUGACCAUGACGACACUCAGCAUCAGCGCUCGCCACUCCCUUCCCAAGGUCUCCUACGCCACCGCCAUGGACUGGUUCAUCGCUGUCUGCUUUGCCUUCGUCUUCUCUGCCCUAAUUGAGUUUGCUGCUGUAAACUACUUCACCCAAACACAGAUUGAGCGGGCCAAAAAGAAGCCGGCCAAAUGUCCCCCGGUUCCGCAAACCACGCCUGUCAAGGUCAAGGACACCGAGGAAGUGCUGCAGCUAAACCCUGACACCAACGGCAACCUGAGAAAGCGGAUGCAUUACAUUGCCCACCUAGAGGCAUGCAGUCACCAGAGAGCCCAGUCCACCACCAGCAUUUCAGGAGUGGGAAGAGCCAGACCUCAGCGACCUUUAGCCAGUGGCGCCAACGGCAGCUCCUCCACCCUCUCCCGCUCCAGCCCCAAGUCUGAGAGCCUGCUAAGCGUGGCGUCCUCCUCGGCCCAGCUGGUGAAGAGUACGCCGCAGGCUGCUGCUUCCACGCCAGACGUGAUGGCGGGGACCCCGUGCAAACAGAAAACCAGCUCAACGUCACUGCAGCAUCUGCUGGUCCCCAAGCUGGAGCGCAUCCAGAUGAUGGGGAACAAGCUGGAGCCGAAGCAGACACCGUGCUCCCAGCCCACCACCGCUGGCAUGGGUGGAACCAGCAAAAUUGACAAGUACGCAAGGAUCCUGUUCCCGGUGUCAUUUGGGGCGUUUAACAUGGUCUACUGGGUCGUUUACUUAUCAAAGGACACAGUGGUGCAUAAAGGUGGUUAAAUUUUGCUCUGGAAACAAGACUGAAGGUUGUUUCUUACCGAAUGGAAAGCGUAUAAGGAUUAUACUAGAGGAAACUGUUGUUCUCGCCAAACAGAUCAAGAAAAUGUGCUCGCCAGGCUCUUCCAUAUCCUAGAGAACGAACUCUGAAUACAUUUAUAUUUUUCUUCUGAAGGUCCUCGAGCAUGGGAGCAAGCAAACCAAAUUAGAAAUAUCUGACUCCACACGACUGAGAGCACCUGCACACCGGAAUAUGCUACUGUCCUCUUUAUAUUACACCAUGCCACGUGUGACUGCAAAGGUUUUCAUUGGACUCAACUGCCUCAUGAUCCCUGUUGGCCUGCAGUCAAGAUAAAGCAACGGAUGGAUUUUUUUCAUUUUCCUAUUUUUGUACCCUGCACCUGGCAAGAUGUGUGUGUGCCACUAUCCUGAAGUGAACUGCAACAGCGCUGUGUAAAUAUACACAUUUAUUAGUAUAAAUGGAUUCAUAUUUCAUGAUUGCUGUGUGCCACAGUGUCACUAUUUUAACUUGUUGCUUUUUGCCAGCAGGCUAGACGAUGCUUCAUUUUAUUUUUAGAUAUAAAGAGCACACAGGGACUCAAGGUUUCCAGGGACUCUCUGUUUAGACAAGAAGUCUCUUAAUUCCUGAAUCGUGGCCAGAUGACGGUCAAAGUCAAAUGAAACAGACGAGUGUUUGUCAGAAUUAAAGUCGUCUAGGCUGAGUGGAGCUUUGGACCCGAUCAGCCAUGAAAAGCCUCUCUUGUACUGUACCGACUUGCAAAGCAUCUAUCUAUAUAAAAUGGAUUACCUAAUCUGGAAAUACUGAAGAUGAGUUUUUUAGGAUUGGUCUGGCAGAAAGUAGUAAAGACAAGUUAUUAAUUCAUGUAACAGUAGGAUUUAAGCUUCUUUCCUGCCAUAAUGGAAAAGCCAAAUAGUAGACAGAGAUUGUGUGAGUGGUUAAAUACAGCCAUCGGCUGAACAAACAGAGGGAACGGAGAGUAAAACCAUCAGUCAGCAGAUAAACUGUGAGGUGAAUGUGUGUUUAGGGACAUUCUGGUUUGUAAAAUAAAAGACUGGGGCUCUCAACUGUUCUACGGAAGCUCUGCUGUGAUCCACCUUCUUAAAAUGAGUCCAUCAGAUUUGAGAAAGAAUCUGCUUUAGUUGUUUCUAUAGUCAUUCAGUUUAAACAAAUCUAACAUUAUUUCCCAGCACUUCCUUUCAUGUUCUGGAAAAUUCUCAUCUAGUCCUCCAUAAGGUCUAUGAUGCAGAGUCAUCAUGAAAGCUGCACUGCGGCUUGAUCACAUCAGACACAUUUUGAAGGUUGAGCAUAUGAGAGAGCAUCAUCAUGUGAGGAGUCUUAAG